CGCGCCACGUGUCAAGAAAAUUUGAAAUGCAUGCAGUAUGGUGGAGCUGCUUACCACGCCCGCCCAGAGAGAAGUCAAUUUUGAAUGAUCACACUGACACUACUGUCCAAAAAACUAACUCCAAAAGAGAUAGCGCAUGGUCCACAAAAAUCUAUUUUUUUUGUUUUUUGUUUAGAUGAAAAAAAAUAUCGACUAACCACCAUCGUAGAGACUUGUACAUACAGCGCAUGAUCGACAUCAUCUAAAUAUAAUAUAUAUCCUAUAUAUUAAAGCUUGCGUUCUCUUCCUGCAGUCAAUUCAAAUAUUCGAUGGGACGAAUAUCUUUUCUGUAUCAAGCGUAAAUCAUUGUCAUUCAUUGUAAGUCAACUUCAUUAAACGACAUUUGUUUUUGCGGUCAAUUAAUAAAAUGUGAAAGUUUCUAUGCCAAUUUUUCAACAAAAAAAAAAGAUUGAUUGCCAUUGAGAUUGACUUGCUGAAAUUCAAUUUAAUGCUAUUACUCACGACAAGUUUAAAAAAAAGUGAAUAUAGAAAAGUCAGUCAGUAUAAAAAAUGAAAAAUGAGUUAAAUAUAAACCCCCGAUAGGACAUACAGAUGUACAUAACGCAGAUGAAAGAGAGACGGAAAAGUCAUUGGACUCACGGCUCUAACUUGAGGGGUUUACUGACGCAUAAUGUUUUCGUCGAAACCAGAAUAGAAACGAGAGCGACAUAGCAACGUUGAGGGAUAUACUUAAACGGACUCAUGGCGAACAUACGAGAGUGACUAUAACUGAGGGUAAAAUAUGUGUAAAAAAACGGGAAUUUUUUUUUCUCUGCUUAUUAUUACAUUAUUACCGAUCGUACAUUUGUCGCAAGUUUCCUCACAAUGCGGUGGCGAUUCUGCGAGUCAUAAACCCCAGGAUAACUUGGCACUGUAUAAAAUUACACUCGAUACUUAUUGGACGCGUAUUAGAUUUCCAAAAAAUUAUCCAGAUCAGAGGGCACAAUUUGGAAAACUCAUUGGUCAAACACAUGAUAGAACGUACUCGCUUUAUCGUUUGGGUACCCGAUUAAAUAGCGGAAUAGCUCAUUAUAUUGAGACCGGCGAAACGAAUGGAAUAGCCAGUGAAGGAAAUAAUCCUAAUGUAUUCGAUUCAUUCAGCGGCUUAAGUAUAUUACGGGGUGAUGGAACAAGUUCGACACGAGCAUUUGUCGAUAGCAAUCAUACACUCGUGAGCAUUGUCUCUCGAAUAACUCCAAGUCCUGACUGGUUCAUUGGAGUGGAUUCAUUCCAGUUAUGCAUUGAUGGCGAUUGGAUCGACACUGUUACUGUAGAGCUUGAUCCAUUGGAUGCCGGUACACAUGAGGGCAUAACAUUCACGGCUAUGCAUCAGCAUCAGCGAAGCUGGCCGCAAAAUUUAGCUUAUCGAAUAACUUCGAGGUAUCCGGCUCAUCCAGCUGCAAGUUUCAACUAUCCAAAUUUACCGCGAUUACCACCAAUUGCAACCCUCACCUUCACAAAGUUGAAAGAAUAUAGUUUGACUGGUGUUUAUCAUCAAGAUCAAGUAGAAAUGGAAUUUGUCAGUAUUGAGGGAGCUUCGUCGCGUUAUUCUCCUGUUAAUGAAGCAAUCAGCAAAACAGUUGUUGCAGUAGCGGAUCACCAGAAAUACGGAUAUUGGAUGAAUAACAGCACCCAGUAUACAAUAGGAAAUAAUAAAGAGGAGAAUGCCAAGGCAGCGAUAAUUGAUGGCAUUGUGUCAUCUUAUAAUAAAUUUCCAGUAGGAAAAUAUACACACGAUGAAAGAUUAAAGGGAAACUUUGAUUUGGACAAGGAACCAAAGAGAGCUCCGAUACGGCAGAACAAGAGGCCUAUUAUCAAAGGGAGAAUCGUUAAUUCCACAUCACGGCCAACAAAUAGUUUAUUCCUGUCAAAUCGUCCUCGAGUUAAUCACCGAUUACAUAUUAAAAAUCGAGGGAUUCAAUGGAGAGGAAAAUUGCAUCAACGACGGGCACCAAGAGAUUGCAAAUCAAGUGACUGGACCGCUUGGAGUGCAUGCAGUCGGAGUUGUGGAGUUGGUGAAACGCAAAGAGUUCGAAAAAUUAUCGUUAAAGCACGCCGUGGAGGCAAACCAUGUCACUCCCUCAAGGAAACUAAGUGGUGCGGAAGCGCAACUCCUUGUCCGGAUAGUAAUAAGCAGAUUGAUCAUUUUCAUAUCAAUUAAUUUAGUUAUAGAAUGAAGAUUAAAAAAACUCAACAAUUCACUCGUAAUUAAUCACAGCUGAAAGAUGAAGAAUACGUAGCUAAUAAUUUUGCAAUACAUUUUUUUUUUUUUUAAUAUUAUCAGGAGAUGCAAGUCAAUUAGAGUCAAAUAAAAAAAUAUGAU